AUGACUGCCUUGACAAACUUGUAUGCUGCUACAAGCCGGGUCUAUAGCGGGGUUGAUCGGAAAUCAGUUCUGCGCCGCCAAAUCGGGGCUGGCGCCAUCUCCUUCGAAUCCUGGAGACUCAAACUCUUCGCCUUCUUUGGACCCUCGAGCCGCAGAAUUUCAGCCCCUGGCUUCCCUGUAAGGAAUGUCUCUUUGCCUCAGUCGUCGGAGGAUGGCCCAGGCUCUUGUUUAGACACACGGCCGCCAGAAGGGAGACACGCUUUUGAGAAAAUACAGUCUCCAGGGGAGGGACGUACAUCUGAAGAGAGAGGCGCAUCUCAAGAAAUACAGUCCCCAGAAAGAGACAAGCAUCUGAAGACACAGGGUGUCCAAAAGAAAGGCAAUCGCCUUCCCCGCCCCCUCGCAAGAUUACUUCACGUGGAGGCAGCAAUUCUCCUGAACCAGCACACUCAGUCCGGGGAAGCAUUUCAUCACCGCCGGCGGCUCCAACACCUGAUGUUGUCGCACACCCUCCUGUGGACCAAGAGACACAUUCGGCUGGCUUAG